CUGACCAGGCGGAAGUGAAAAGCAGUCGCACGCACCACUGGACUUGUCAUCUUGUACGCUUUCACUCAUCUGCGGUGCGUCGGGAUUAAACGGCGGCCCGGCCGCUGCUGUAAUUUACAACGUCCCCCCGCGAGUGGGAGUGCCCAAACGUAGCGGAUGGAGCCACGGGGGCCGGUGCUCCACAUCGUGGUGGUCGCCUUCCACCACAAGAAGGGCUGCCAGGUGGAGUUUUCAUACCCGCCGCUGAUGCCGCGCGAGGGCCACGAUAGCAACAUGCUGCCCGACGAGUGGAAGUACCUCCCUUUCCUGGCGCUUCCCGACGGAGCUCACAACUACCAGGAAGACACCAUCUACUUCCACCUGCCACCCCUCGGCGGGGACACCAAGUGCAUCUACGGCGUGUCGUGCUACCGGCAGAUCGAGGCCAAGGCGCUGAAGGUCCGACAGGCCGACAUCACCCGGGAAACGGUGCAGAAGAGCGUCUGCGUGCUCAGCCGGGUGCCUCUGUUCGGUCUUCUGCAAGCCAAACUGCAGCUGAUCACACACGCAUACUUUGAGGAGAAAGACUUCUCCCAAAUCUCCAUCCUGAAGGAACUCUAUGAGCACAUGAACAGCUCCCUGAGGGGUUCCACUCUGGACGGCUCGCAGGUCUUCCUCGGCUUGUCACCGCGAGAUCUCAUCCUGCACUUCAGACACAAGGUUCUUAUCCUCUUCAAACUCAUCCUGCUGGAGAAGAAGGUGCUCUUCUAUGUGUCGCCCGUCAGCAGACUGGUGGGAACGCUGAUGACCGUCCUGUCGUUGUUCCCAGGCAUGAUGGAGCACGGCCUGGUGGACUCGUCCCACUACCGGCCAAAGAGCAGCGUGUCCGAGGACUCGAACCCGGCGGCCGAGGAGUUCGUGUCCGUGUCGGCCUCGGAGCUGAGGGGCGAGGGGGACGUCGGCUCGUCGUUCUCCGCUAACGGCACCGACCCCCAACUCAAGCCGCCCUCCCGCACGUCCCCCGAGUCUUCGGAGAGCGACUGGGAGACGCUGGACCCCAGCGUGCUGGACGAGGGGCCCAAGCAGACGGCCGAGGGGGAGGGGCCGGGGGCCGAGGUGCCCAUCACGGUGCAGCCGCUCGGGGGACAGGUCGGCGUCACCCAGGGCCUGCUGUCGGGUCUGGAGGAGGACCAGUACGGCAUGCCGCUCGCCAUCUUCACCAAAGGUUACCUGUGUCUUCCGUACAUGGCGCUGCAGCAGCACCACCUUCUGUCGGACGUAUCGGUGCGCGGCUUCGUCGGCGGGGCGACCAACAUCUUGUUCCGACAGCAGAGGCACCUGAGCGACGCCGUGGUGGAGGUGGACGAGGGGAGCGUCCAGAUCCAUGACGGCGAGCUGCGCAAAGUUCUGGGCCUGACCACGGCCGACCUGCGCUUCGCCGACUACCUGCUCAAACACGUGACGGAGAACCGCGACGACGUCUUCUUGGACGGGACGGGCUGGGAGGGCGGCGACGAGUGGAUCCGGGCGCAGUUCGCGCUCUACCUCCACGCCCUGCUGGCGUCCUGCUUGCAGCAAGAUAACGAGAGGCUGCUGGCGGAUUACGGCGCCCCCUUUAUCGCCGCCUGGAAGGUCACACACAACUACUGCCUGUGGCACAGCAACAAGCACGCCGCCAUGGCUGCCGUCACGCCGGGACAUCCUUUCCAGGGACAGUACAGCGUCGCCGACGUCAAACUGCGUCUGUCACACUCAGUACACAACAGCGAGCGAGGCAAAAAGAUCGGGAACGCCAUGAUGACCACCAGCAGGAGCGUGGUCCAGACCGGGAAGGCCGUUGGUCAGUCAGUGGGCGGAGCCUUAACCAGCGCCAAAUCAGUCAUGUCGUCCUGGUUCUCCACCCUGGCGCAGCCCGCCGCCGUGUCCCAGCCGGAUGCUGCCGCGGGCCAGGCUGAACCCUGACCAGCCUGCAUCAGGUUGGUUCCCCCCCGCCGCUAGCAGAGACUCGACGUGUUGACAGGAAGGUGGCGCCGAUGUGACCGCGCUGUUCACAUCACUUCCUGUGACGGACGCCACAUGCUGUAGCUUCCAUACCGUCCCUGUUUGCCACUACAACAGCCCAGCUUCUGUCAGAACAUUGUGGUUGCCUUGGUAACAGUCUAGUUGUCAUGGUAACAGGGCAGUUGUCUCGGUCAACCCGCUGCUUGGUCAACACAAAAUGGGAAAAUUUUGUGUUGACCAAUUCAGCAUUCACAUUUGAAGUUGAUGUAAAGAUUUGCUAACAAUUUAUUCAUUUCACAAUUUUUAUCAGUCAGGAAUAUAUUUUUUGUAGUUUUUUUUUUCUUGAGCAAAUUCCCCUUUUAUACAAUAUUUAGGUUAUCCUCAUGAGCGAGUUUAACAUGCUGGAGCCGAUGAGUAACAGAUCAUUCACAUUUGUUAAUUUUAAAUAUAAAAAUAUUUUUUAGAAGGGGGCAGGAGGCAGGAAAUGCAGUUACGUGACCAGCCACAUUGUUAUGACACGAAUCUUUGUGUAACUCAACCUCCAAAACUGACAACUUUCACCGGCUCGUCGAGUUUGGCUUUUUUUCUGCCGUUAUUGAUCUAAAUGAUCUUAUUUGUGUAUGACGUUCAUAAAUCCCAAAAAAUAUCUGUUCAUGGUUUGUCUGGACACUGGAGAAAGUCCUGAUGUUUGCGACCUUAACUUGUAUGACUGUCAUUUCUUGUCAUGUAACUUUAUGCUUCGUGACAAAUUUAAAUACAGUAUAGUGUGUGCAUGUCAUCUUAAGGAAUGUUUUUCUUCCCUUUGGGCAUUCUUAUUUAUAUUUAAUUGUAAACAAAGUCAAGCUGCUUUUAUUAUUUUUUUUAAUUCCUCCGAUUACAUUUUAUUUUUUAAUUUUAAAAAAAAAUGUAAUGUGUAUUCAGAUCCACAGAAUAUUUUCUUGACAGAUGCUUGUAAUGUAAAAAGAUGUCAAACUAUAUUGCUGUAUUAAAAAGAACACCACA